UAUCAUGUAUCUCAAUGUGAUGGCCAAAGAUGGACCGAAUCGCCAAAUAGUAUCCGAAGACCCUAGCCGCCCUCUCGAAUCCCGGACAGAUUCCCGACGUAGGAACCGGCCUCGGGCUCGAACAUCCAACCGAGGAACUAUAACUCCGCACCUCGAAGCAUGAUAUAGUACUAGCUGCUUCGCCCCGCGUUGGUCUAACUAACCAACCAAGAAUCCCAAACCACUGUCUUGUGCCCCCGUCCUGGCGACGUGUAGGACACGACGGGCCUUUUCUGUCCAUCCCAAGCCCUAGGGUCUUCAAAACCCACGACCAAGACCCCGGAAAUUGGAUCGCCUCAUUCGAGCUAGCUUCACCUCCACUACCCCCGCGUCCCCCCCGGUGUAGGAUUUCCCACCAAUUUCCUCCCCCCUGCGCGGUCAAAGAUACGGAUUAUUCAGAGUCGUACGCUUCUUCCGUUGUUGUUGUUGUUCCUUCCCCGGGGUUUUUUUCACCGCUUUUCGUUGUAUCGACUUCCUACAUGGAUUUUUAACCUCUCCCACGCGCAAACAGCUUUCCCAUCAGCAAAAGUCAUUCUGUGCAAGCUCGGGGCUUACAAGUACAUUGUAAAGCUUAGACAAGAUGGCGGAUAAGAAAUCGGAGCUCGAUGUUGAAAGCGCAAAGGAGGAAUCCAGCGCGUCCGUCGUUCAAUACGACUCCUCGGGCCCCGUCACGGAGGCGGAGAAGGCACUGCGCUGGAAGCAGGACAAGCGCAUCGUGCCGUUGUCGGCGGGGAUCUACUUCCUGUGCUAUCUGGACCGGUCGAACAUCGGCAACGCCAAGAUCAUGAACGCGUCGACGGGGCACGACCUCCUGACGGAGACGGGCAUGACCAACUUCCAGUACACCAUCUCGCUGAUGGUCUUCCUCGUGGCCUACGGGCUGUUCGAGGUCCCCUCCAACAUCCUGCUCAAGAAGCUGCGCCCCUCCCGCUGGAUCGCCUUCCUCAUGCUCGCCUGGGGCGCGCUGACCGUCGCGCUCGGCGGCGUGCGCACCUACGCCGCCGUCACCGCCGUCCGCUUCCUGCUCGGCGUCUUCGAGGCCGGCCUGUUCCCCGGCCUGGUCUACUACCUGACGUUCUGGUACCGCGCCGAGGAGCGCAGCAUCCGCGUGGCUUUCAUCCUGGCGUCGGCGACGCUGGCGGGCGCCUUCGGCGGAGCCAUCGCCUACGCCAUCGGGCACAUGGACGGGGCCGGGGGCCUGUCGGCGUGGCGCUGGCUGUUCGUCAUCGAGGGCAUCCCCUCCUGCCUGUCCGCCCUCCUCGUCUGGCUCCUGCUGCCCGAUUACCCCGAGGGCGCCGCGUGGCUGACGACUCCGGAGCGGGAGCUGGCCGUGCGCAGGCUUCGCGUCGAGGGGAGUAAGGGCCACCACAAGGCGAUGACGUGGGCGGAUGCGAAGGCGACGCUGGUCGACUGGAGGCUUUGGGGCCAUUAUGUUGUGUAUUUCGGCAUUUCGACUCCGUUCAGCUCGCUUUCUCUAUUUACCCCUUCCAUCACGGCGGGUUUAGGUUAUCACGAUCUCCAGGCGCAGCUCAUGACUGUGCCGCCGUAUGCUGUCGCUUAUGUUGUCCAAAUCCUCACCUCUUGGUCGGCCGACCACUUUAAUGCCCGCGGUCUGCACUCGGCCGCAUUGGCCACGAUCGGAGCCGUCGGUUUCUUGGCGUCGGCCGUGCUACCGGAAGAUGCGUAUGCGUCACGGUACGGAUGUUUGAUCGUCGCGGCGUCAGGAGCGUUCGCUUGCAUACCGCCACUAUUGGGCUGGCUUUCAUCCAACAUCUUCAGUACCGCUUCGGUCGGUCUUGCGAUCGCUCUGAACAUCGGCUUGGGUGGUGCGCCGGGUCAGAUCGUAGGUGUGUGGAUCUACAAGGCGGAUGAAGCAAAGCUCGGAUAUCCUACGGGCCACUGGACGAACGCAGCUCUUUUGUUUAUGGUUGCUGUGGGCUGCGUGAUGCUGAGGGUGUAUUAUGCGCUCCGCAACAGGAAGAUAAUUCGCGGUGCGACGGAUGGAGAGGAGGUGCGGCUGUUUAAGUAUUAAGCCGCGCGUAGGAGUUAUAACCAUGUGCCCAGAAAGGGACAUCAAUAUAUUAAUGCACGACUUAAUGAGCGAGAAUGCCAUUCUAAUAGAUUAAUCUUGGAAAUUUGAGCCGCCUUGUGACUCCCUACUGCUGUGUUAAAUAGAGCGUCCUAGGGGCUCUUAAAGGGCGAGUGAUAACCAAAUAGAAGAACGUAAAGAAGAGAA